UCUCUCUCCCAGGCUGAACCUUCGGGAGCUGGGCCCCUGGGCCUCCCACAUGCGCUGGCUGGUCUGGAUCAUGGCCUCUGUUGGCACUAUCUAUGUCUUCUUCUUCCAUGAGCGGUACAAACUUGUGGAGCUGCUGUGCUACGUCGUGAUGGGCUUUUUCCCCGCUCUGGUCAUACUUUCGAUGCCCAACACCGAGGGCAUCUGGGAGCUGAUGACCGGAGGGGUCUUCUACUGCUUGGGCAUGGUGUUCUUCAAGAGUGAUGGGAGGAUCCCCUUUGCUCACGCCAUCUGGCAUCUCUUUGUGGCAUUUGGUGCUGGUACCCACUACUAUGCCAUCUGGAGGUACCUCUACCUACCGAGCACCCUGCAGACCAAGGUGUCCAAGUGAGGUGGCUCAGCUUCCAUGGGUCAUUUGGGCUUUUGGAACAGACCAUCAUGGAAAGUGUUUCUGCGAACUUUAGCACAGAGCACAGUGCUGAGGCCUGUCUGCCCUUCCUAGGUAGCGUUUUUGAUGGGUUUGAGGUUACUUCUGGUGACAGCCAAACUGUCCCUCGAGUCUGCAGCAAAGAAGCUAGCAUUUAGUCAUUUUUGCAGAGGAGAAAUUAACCUUGUAAUGUGUUUCUAUUUUAGACAAGUGUUUCCUAAUACAAACAACGUUAACAUCUUCAAAAAAGGGAGCAGACACUGUCCUGGCAAAUGGGGGAAUGACGGGCCGAUACAUGCUUCUUCAGGCCUGGGGAAUCUGGCAAGAAGUCUGGUGGGUUGUUUAUACCUGAGUGGCCAGGCCCUCCUCUCUGCUACCAAAGUCCUGGCUGGGGAAUUAUCCCUUGUUCAGGGAAAGUCACCCAGCUUGUAGAUCAGGGAUGGUGAAUGUCCAUGACCAUGGCAGACAUCACCAAUCAAUGGCAGCAUAUGCGUAGUAUCAGAAUUCAGCACAGUACCCUGGGCAGCCACUACCAAACGAUUUGGCACUCGUGAUGGAACCUCUUUGCCUUUUCUGCCUGGUGUGCUCUGAAAUGGGAUCGUAGCCAGAGCAGCUAAAAGUCUCCAUGUGGGGAGCAUGCUUAUUUCCUGACACUAAUGCCUUCUACUCCCUGUCCUUUUUCCCUUUUGGGGAAGCUCCUGGAGUGGGUAGUUUGGAGGCAGUAGAGGGAGACUGAGGCACACACCCACGUAGCCUCUGAUAUCUGUUCCACCAUAGUUGGUUCUCAGUACAAAGGAGAAGCGAGCAAUUGGGGAUCGGGAUGCUGUUCCUUGGCCAUUUUUUCUCAUCCUAAAAAAUCCAGAGAAAUUAUGAAAGUCAUUCAUUCAUAGGAAGGGCAGGCAGAUCUCUGGAAACUUGCUUACUUGCUCCAUACUUGGCUUUUGUGGUGCCAACAUGCAGAUUCUCUCUUGGUGCCAGUCAGUGGCUCUAAGAGGGUGCUCAGAUGAGCCCCAGAAGGAAGGCCUCCACCUCACUUGGAUGCAGAUCUGGGCAGAGUGUCCAGGAUACCCUCAACCUCUGACGUGCCCAGUGGCCCAACCACAAGCCUUCCAGGAGCUUGUCCUUACAGCUCCCCUCAAGGCUGGGCCAGCCUGUCUGUUAAACAUUUGGAUAUUCACUGCAGAGGGGAGUGGCAUGCACAGCAGAGGGGAGUGGCAUGCACAGCUCUGGGAUCUGAACUGGAUUCGCAGAAUCUCUGGAUAAAGAGUCUCUCAAGUCAGAGGGUCCUAAUACUAUGACACCCAACCAGAGUGGGGUGGGCGAUGGUGGGCAGAGGCAGGAUGCCUUGUGCUCAGCUCUCCAUUCCAGGGUAUUCAGGGCUGCGGCAUCUGCAUCCCAUGUGUGCGAGCCAGUAUUAAAUCACCUCGACACAUUCCUCAGAUGGAUGGCUUCUGAGCCGGGAGAUGCUUUGGGGGUAGGUUUUAUCCUGCCUGUGUGUGUGUGUGUGUGUGUGUGUGUGUGUUUGUGUGUCUGUGCAGGCGCUCUCUACUCUGGGAAGCUGUCUUCAGUAAGCCUGCCUGUGGAGCUCACCUGGUAUUUCCCACCAGCUGGGGUCAGGGUCGGAGGUCAGAGGGGGAGGGAAAGCUUUGAAGGGGAGGGCAGACUGCAGAGAGGCUCACUCCUGAUUGGGGGCAGGGACGCUGAGACUCGACCUCUCCCUAGACCUGAGGCUGGGGGAGGGGGUCACAUGGGUUCUGGCAUGCUGUUUAGGAAAUCUCCCAAAGCAUGGCACCAUGCUGGUCUGAAAUAAAAAUCCUGUCAUCACGUUGCAUGUUUCUUUUUCCGGGGCCAGUGACUUGGGGCUCCUUUAGUGGCCCCAUAGCCUUGCUGAGCUCCUUAGUCUGGUACCUGCAUCUCCUUGUGUCUCUCCUCCCACGCGUUUGAUCUUGCAUUUCCCCAAGACAUCCCCCCCCUUCAUGCCCCUGUACAUUUUGGGGUGCUGGUCCCCCUGCUGGGAACUCUGUUCACCCCCCAUCCACCCAGCUCACUCCUACUCAUCCUUCAGAGCUGAGCCUUCUCCACUCCGUCAGCACCCACACCAGGCCUGCUGGGGAAGAAUCCCAGGAAAGCACUGGGGAGCGGGGUGCAGAGAUGGGGGUUGCAAAUGGGUCUGGAUCUGAAUUUCUAAAGCCACCUUGGGUGUGGAUGGGAGCCUCACGCUGUGGGGUAAUUUAGACAGUACUGAGAGCUGUCGCAGUCCUGGGUUUUCUGCUCCCCAACUUCCUUUUCUAUAUCAGUCUGCAGAAGCUGUGGAGCAUUUACCUCCAGCUCUGGCUGAGGAAGUUGGGGUGGGGGAUGGCUCAGGCUGCUACCAGUGCCCACACUGGCUUCAGGCACUGCAGGUGCUAAAAGGGGGCCGUUGGACCUCAAAGGGCUGGGAGAUGGGCACUUAUCAGAUUUUCCACCAUGUGCUGUGUAACCAGAUGCUGAAACGCAGGCUCUGGGAACAGCAUCCGUGGGAUGUGGAAAGAGCCAGUGGAAGUCCCGGCAGCAGGUGCCAAGGGAAGGAGCAGGAAGCUGGAGGAGGUGGAGGCUUACCUGUGUGGAGCGCCUCCUGGUGCCAGUCUCUUUUCGUGCUAGUGGUUUUAUAGAUGCUCUCUCUACUGAUUGAUACAGACUCCCCCAUGGGGUAAGGAUUAUUAGCUGAUCUUACAAAGCAGGAAGCCAAAGCACAGAGACGUUUGGUGACUUUCUCAAGGGUGCCCAGCUUCUAACUGGCAGAGCAAAGCUUUGAAGCCAGGACCAUCUGAUGCCCAAGCAUCCUACUGUUGGUCAGACCAUGCUGUUUCCGAGGAAGGCUACUCCCUCCAAGUCUUUCCCCUGGAGAGGAAAGCUGAGCUAAAAAAGGAAACUUAAAUAAUAACUUUAAAAAAAACCCCUGUUGUGUAGCAUUUGCCAGUUUCCAUGGUGUAAAUACUCCCACCAUGGCCAAGUUCACGUUACUGAUGUGGUGUCACUGCAGAUGGCGAGUGAUGAGCUGGACAAGCUAGCCUGGCAGGGUGCUACCCCACUGCCCCUCACCUGUGCCCUCACAAAGCCUGGAGUGUGGAAUCGGUGAGAACAAAUCCAGCCCUGGAGGGUCCCUGUGCAGGCCCAGGUCUGUCACCGAGAUGCUUGGCAACUUCAUUUUCAGAGUAUGGAUUUUGGAGCCAGUGGGACCUGACCCAAAUCCAGCUCUACAAGGACCAACAAGCAAGAUCCUUGGGCAAGUCCCUCAUCCUCUUUGUGCCUCAGUUUCCUCAUUUGUAAAAUGGAGACUGUGAUAAAAAAAAUGCUACAUACGAAGUUUUGGGGUAUCUAUUGCUUGCUAUCACAAAAAACAUCUAUUUUACUGAUUUGGAGAUGAAGCCUCAGAGAGGUUGAGUAACGUGUCCAAGGGCACACAGCUUGUAAAUGUCUCUCACAUAUGCUGUCUCCCCCACUCCACUGUCUGCACUUCAGGGUUCCCUGCCCCUGGAGACGAGCAGUUGAGAGGAUGGUGGGCUCUACGUUUCUGCUUCAGCCCAUUCAUGUGCUCUGAAGGGUAGUAACAUAGGUGUGAGGUUUUGUUCAACAGCUGGUGUUCAGACCAGUGUUGGACAGGGCCAUCCCCAUGGGACAGAGGUUCCCACCCAGGCUUUCAAAGGACGACCGUUUGGGAGAACGUGUUGCCAUGUGGCUCCUAGUGGAAGGGUGGCCGGGAGGAGGGGUGCUGCUUCCAUCCCGUGUUGAUUCCAAGUACGUUCUCUGGUCCGAUGCUAAUGCUCACUGCGGGAGUCGGGAUGCUCCUCCUGUGCACAGCUGGCCAGUAGCAGUCCACGUAUCUCAGUCCCAUCGGCCUCUCUAGGUGUCUUACUUGAGGUCUGAUGUGCAGUGUUGGAGAGCUGGAGCAGCCCUGACCUUCAGACUGAGUUGGAAGGGGUGGGAGAGCAAACUUGAGAGCUCCUUUAUAUAAAGCAGCAAAUGGGGGAUGAGAGCAGGUGAGUGACAUGCCCAGGGGUGUGGAGCUGGGAGAGCGGAUGUCCAGUCCAGUGCUCUUUCCCCCUCUCACCUCCUUUUUGUCCUCCCAGGGGACUACUGUCCUUUUCCCAUGUCUAAUGCAGUGGCCAAGUCCUGCCCACUCCAGUGACAGGAUAUGCACCCUGCUGCCUGCUCUUGCAGCCUGGAGGCAUAGGUGGCACAGCUCUUUGAAGAGCCCACUUACACGUCUUCCUGCCAGGGAGGGAGGAGAGGCCCACCCUCCUUGGGACCUCGUCUUCCAUGUGUGGACGUGGGUACACUUGAGCACACAGCUGCCAGAACAUGUGGCUCUUUUGUUCCAAUUUCCAUAUGUCCAAGCUUGAUUGGCACAGAAGCAGGAGGCUUUGGGGCAUCUUGGAAAAGGCUCAUGGUAGGAGCCAGGAGAUGUGGGUUCUGCUUUUCUCUUCUGCAUUUGCCAUGUGACUUUGGGUGGAUGACUGUCCUCUCUGUGCUCUCAUCUGAUCAGCUAUAAAAUGAACCGGGGGCCCUCCUUAGCUGAUUGUAAGCUGCCUGUCCAUCUCCAAGCUGUGCACACCACGGAUGAGCACAAAGCCCGAGCUGGUGGGCAUGGCAGACCCCUCCCUAGCUCGAGGAGUGGUCCCUGGACCCAGAGAAUUGUGGACCCAGCUCCUCUCAGGAGCGAUGCUGAGACCCUCUUUCAUGCACAGACACCUCUGGUAGACACAGCAUAGAGAAAAUAACAAUAAAUCCCAGAUAGGCAGAGAAACAGCAGACAUCCUCUAGUGGUGUUCUGUCUAAUGUAGUAGCUGUUAGCUGCAAAUGGCUAUUUAAAUGAAGUCUAUCAAAAUUAAAUCAAAGUUAAAAUUCAUUCUCACAUUCACCCUACCCACAUUUUAAGUGCUUAAUAGCCGUGUGUAGCUAGUGACUACCAUAUUAGACAGCACGAAUAUAGACCAUUUCCAUCAUUGUAGAAUGUUCUAUUGGACAGCACCAGUAGGUCAGUGACUCUCAAACUUUUUGAUUUCAGGACCCUUUUAUACUCUUAAAAAUAUUGAGGACACCAAAGAACUUUUGUGUAGGUGGGCUAAUAUCUAUUAACAUUCAUUAUACUGGAAAUUAACAAUGAGAAUAUUUUAAAAUAGCUAUUAAUUCAUUUAAAGAUAACAAACCCCACUAUGUGCUAACACACUAAACAUAUUUUUCUAUUAAAAAUGACUAUAUUUUCCAAACAAAAUAAAUGUAGGGGAAGAGUGGCAUUGUUUUACAUGUUUGCAAAUCUCUUGAAUGUCUGCCUUAACAGAAGCCAAUCAGACCCUCCUAUCUGCGUUAGUAUUCAGUCUGUUGCAACAUCACAUGCCAGGAAGCCUCUGGAAAACUUUGCUGGACACAUGUGAAAGAAUGAGAGGGAAAAAGACAAAUAACUUCACAGUAUAUUAGGAAAAUAGUUAGGCUUUGUGAACCCCCUGAAAGGGUGCUGGGGGUCCCCAGGGCACCUGGACCAAACACUGUUGAGAGCUACUGAUCUGGAGUUUCCCCUUCAUUUCACAUCUGCUAAUGCUCCAUCAGGGGCAACUUUCGUAGACCAAGACUAUCCCCAUUUUAGCCAUUUAGACAGACCUGGAGACACGGGCAGGACGGGGCAGGAUGCGUAUGAGCAGUGGAAUGGGAGACUCUCUGGAUGUUCGAGGCCAGUUACUAUGAGCACAGUAUCCAGAACUUAGUAGGUUCUCAGUACUAAUUUGGUCUUGGCCAUGUGUGGUCUCUCCUCCUCUUCUGAGACUGGGAAGGCUUGCCUAGGAAGCCUUGGGAAAGCAUUGGCCCCUGUGCAUCCAGGGUUGGAAGAAGGCAAAUUCACAAUGGUGAUCUGCAUGGUCACUUCCCUGGCCUCUGCUCGUGGUGACAUUGAACAUCAGAAGACGAAUUGGAACGCUAAUCGGAGGCUCCUGGCUUAGUUUUCCCAGCUCAAGUUUGCAGUGAGCUCUGACUGUCCUUGGUGGGUCUGUAGUACGGAAACUCGGUGGCCAGCUGCGUGCCAGCCCUGGGAUUACUGGAUGAAUACGGCAGGGUCUGGGGUGAAAGGACGAGGUAAUGAAAUGGUUCUGUGCAGUGUAAGUGUCAAGGUGGCCUCUGAGGACAGACCCUGAGACUCAUCGAGGCUCCUCUCUAGGUUGAGGGAGUGUCUGUCAAGUGACUGAGAAGGGGGUUGGUUUUCUUAACCGUAAGGAUUUUUUUCAUUAAAAUAAUAUAUGCUUAUUAUAGAAAUUCCAUAAAGUACAAGAAAGGUGGAAAAUAUUACCUAGUGUCUCCCUAUCCCACAAAAUCACUCUAAACCUUUUAGUGGUUUUCUUUUUGUGUUUCUUCCAGAUCCAUGAGGAGUGUUUUACUUUAGCAUUUUCUUCUCUUGCUGUAUACACUUUUAUAUCCUACUUUUAAAGUAUUUUUCCAUAUUAUUUCAAGCAC